AUGUUGAAAUAUAUGUUUAUUGUUCUUUGUCCUUUAAGUUUUUUAAAAGCGGAUUAUCAAAUAUAUAGUAAAUUGCAGUCCAAUUUAAUAUUACAGUACAAUGGAAGCAAUCAUUUUACACAUAAUCCAGAAAAAUGUUAUGAAAUAUUGCAAGAUUUUUCCGAGCAAGCAUCAAAUUUUACUUGGUGUUCGAUUUUAAAUUCAAAACCGAUAACCCUAUGCGAAAGGUGUGUCGAAAAAUACGUGACAUUUCGAGAUAAAUACGAAGAAUUAUUAAACACAACGAUAAAUGGAACUUCUUGUAGAUCUAUUUUUAUUUCACAAGACAGAUUAAAUGCAGUUCAAGAAUAUCAUGACAAUAUUCUAUCCAUAUGGAACAAAGGGAACUGUAAUGGUUGCUUUGAUUGGAUUCAAGGAAAACCAUCCCUUAAAAAUGAUACAAUACGCUUUUAUAAAAUGUCUAAUGGCACUAUGGAUUGUAUUAUAAAAAAUAUGGAUCCUGAUAACACUGAAGUUUGCAAUAGAUGUAUACAGUCCUACAUGCAAUUGGAUAAUUUCUACAAAACCUUAAGUUCAGAUUCAAUUGGUGUUGACAGUGUUUGUAUGGACAUAGUGGACUCUAUGAAUGCAACAAGGUAUAUUUGGAGUAAAAAUCUUAAUUGCUGUAAAUUGAGGAAAAAACCAGAAAUAGUAUUUUUGUGUUGUGCAGGAAUAAUAGCUAUCUUGCCAUUAAUAUACUAUUUAACAGUGCGCUUUUGUGGACCAAUCAGAGAUUUGCCUAAUGUGCUUAAGCAAUCAAGAUUUAAACAAACUAUUUUGAGGUCAAUAAAUGGAAGAAAUGACUAGGUUAUAUUAUAAUAUACAAUAAAGGAAAUAAGUAAAAUAUAAAAUGUUACAGUACUUUUAUUUGUCCAUUCAUUGAAUGAAAACAUUUAAAGUAUCCAAAGGCACAGUUAAACCUCUGGAUAGUAAGUAACUUGUACACUUGAAA